UCGUUUGGCAAGACCGUCGACUUCGAAGUUAUAGUGGAAACCAUGGCGUUCAAGAGUUUGUGUUUAGUACUGUGUUUGAUGCUGUUCGCGAUGGAAGCACAUGGUGCCAAAACCUAUGUGGCAUAUAAACGCUCCCUCAGCUUCUUCCAAGCUUGGCAACAAUGUCGCAUUAGUGGUGGACACCUAGCCUCUAUUGAGUCGGCCGAAGAAAAUGCGCGUGUUGAAGCUGCCAUCAGGGCUGUAGGAGAUUUUACCAAAGAAUGGAUCAUUGGGGCCACAGAUCUAGGAGCGGAAGGUAAUUUCGUAUGGAUUGGCUUGAACAAAAAAGCCACGUACCUUAACUUUGGCGCAGGAGAACCUUCCAACAACGGCGGUACUGAAAAUUGUUUAGUGAUGGGAAGCGGAGGAGUAAGCAAGUGGAAUGAUGUUACGUGCGAUAAUACACGGGCGGGAGGAUACGUUUGUGCUUUUGGUCGCUGAAAAUAAACUUGCUGAAUAAAACAUAUAUGAAAAAAAAAUAUAAAUUAAACUUUUGA